AAAAAUGAGCAUGACUUUCGACGUUAGCCGCAAUGCCGAUCAGUUCCAUGUGUCCAUUUAAAGCUACCGAUCAUAGUCAUGGUGAAAUCAAAACAAUUCAGGAUUGUGCUCUCUACAGCCUUGAUUUUCAUUUUAUUUAAUUUCGUCUCUUGUUUCCCUGGAGCGGAGGCGUCUCCACUGAGAGGAAACGGCGGAGAUGAAGGCGAUGCCAAGGAAAUCGAAGACGCUGAAUCCAAAGGCUCAGCGAUAACCGAAAGCGACCCUAGCAACGACACGGUCAUCAACGUCUCCGACGGUGACCAAAGUUCACUCGAGGACAUCGAGGACGAAGAGAUAGAGACGCCCCUCGUGGCCGCGAUCCGAAGCGAGUGCAGCGGCCUCCAAAACAAACGAACCCGGAAGAUGUGCGAGGCUCUCUUGAAAGCGUCCAUGGAGGAACACCCGCUCCAUCUGGCGGCAAACCGAGACACCAUGCAGAACGAGAUCGACUACGAGAGAAGCGAAGAAGACGACAAGAGUGGUAUCGCCAGGAGGCGGAGACGAUCGGAAGGGGCAACUGGCCUAGCGAAGAGCGUCUGCUCCUGGUUGAAAAAUUUGAACCCGGUGAAGAAAAUCAAGAACCGGGGCAGGGACAGGGUUCCCGGAGAAGAGUCGAGUGUGGCCAGGCUUGGCGUCGAUACAGAGAGGAGCCUGGAAUCAGGAGGUGCCAACUCGGAGUCGAAGGUCGCGGAAAACGAUGACAGAUCCCUCGCUCUUCCGCUGUUGGUGACACAGAUCAGGAGGGCAGCUACCGGGCGUCCAAGAUUCUAUGGUCGAGACCAUGACGAGAAUGAACAUGAAACAGGUGAAGAGGCACGCGCUGAUGUACCGGAUGACAGUAAAAUAGAUCCCAAGGGCGGCAAAGCAAACCCUGAGGAUGUUAAAGAAGAUCAUGGGGUUAAGAACGCACAUCCUACGGUUAAGGACGCGUAUCCUGAGGCUAGGGACGCACACCCUCGGGUGAAGGAAGAAGGGAGCGAUAAAGAUGAGGUUGACGAAGAAGAUGACGCCGAGAAAUCUGAGAAAGACCUGAAGGAGACGGAUAAGGUGAAGGAGGAUGACGAUUAUGGCGAAGAUGACGAGAAAGAAGAUAAAUCGCCUGUGAAAGGAAGGGCUGAGACUGAUGAUAGGAAGGAAUCUGGUGAGGAUGGUGAUAGCUUGUCCGAGGAGAAAAGGGUGAAAAGGCAGGAUACCGAGGAAAUCAAGGAGAUUUUCAGUUGGCUAAGGCCGGGAGCUAGGUGCUACUAUUUGAAAUGCACGGGAGCAUACCCACAUAAGAAAGAUUUGGAUAAGGAAGAUAAGUAUGAGAAGAAGGACAAGCAUCCUCGGCAGAAAUCUGCCUUCUAGAUUUUUGACAGGUGAUGUUCGAGGGAGGUGAACUACGUAUGUUAUGGACUGACAGUUUGUCGAUUAUCACAAUUUUGUUGGACCGUUGUUGUUUGUGCGAAUCGGUUCGCUUCUCUGUGGUGUAUGCUACAAGUGCAAUUCAAAAAUGAAAAAAAUGAAGAAGAAGAAAUAAUAGAGACAGAGAUAAAAAAAACCACGAUUGACUUUAUAAUAUUUGGAAAUUAAAAUACUUGUUUUACAGUCUCAUAUUUCCUUUUACGAGUAUCAAGAUAUCAAUUUUUAAAAGAGGUGGUAAUAUUGUAAAAAUGUUCGUAUGUGAAUCAUAGUCAUUCUAUAGACUCGUUAAACAGUCUCAGCCUGUCAGCGAUUAAGAAUUGAUUCCGAAAACUGCACAAAUAAAAUUAAAUAAAAAUACAAUUUAGAACUUGAAGUAUCGUUACGUUUUGGGAAUGCAAUAAGGACAGUCAUGGUGAAAACCAAAAAAAAAAAAUUCGUUGCAUUGAUGAAAAAAUAGACGAAGAGAGAGAAAAAUGUUGUUUAACUUUGUUUUAUUUCUUUGUUGUUUUUACUUGAUUACAGUUUAUUCGAUAUA